UUCAUUGAAAAUCAAAAUUGUCUCUACCAGCCAAUUCAAAUCAAUGUGAAAAAUUCGAAAUUAGUUUCUCAUCAAUCCUUUUCACCUAUGUAACUCUGUAACUUCAUGUGCUUAUUUUUGUAAAUUUGGCAGCUGUGUGGUAGAAAAGAGUUCAUUUGGGAAGGGGAACAAAAUUCAUGUAGUUGGAAUCAAGGAUUCCUUGAGUUUUGCAUAACUCAAUGAUGCUUCUCAUGGAGUAUAACUUUGUAAGAGAUUAUCUAGUAGGUCCGACCUAUAGCACGUUGUGUGCCCGUUCAAUAGUAGGGGGACACAUGAUAAGAUGGUUAUGAAUCUCCCUAUUAAUUGUUAGGUGAUAGGUCAGACCUACUAGAUAUAGAUGAUCAACUUGUCAUCUGAAACAUGGUAUCCCUGAAUUCAACCAACUCAUGCUAGGAAUAACUGACCAAGAAAGUUUGCUCAAACAAAUAUAUGCUCCAUUGUUGUACAACAGAUUAAACCUAAUGCAAACAACCCUAACACCAAUACAAGAUAGCUUGCUGGAUUUAAUUCCUUGGCAAAAGGCAUCUUGCAAACAGAUGAAUGCAGCUGCAACAACACAACAAAUGUUGGAUCUGUUCGACAUAACAGGAAUUGUACAUUUUGGCAUAGCCGGCAAUGUGAACAAUUCCAUGUCAAUCGGAGAUGUCACCAUCCCAAAACAAUUUGCCCACACUGGCAUUUGGGAUUGGCUGAAACUGAAUGGAACAUUGGGAACUAAUGAUGUUGCUGACUUAAAUAUUGGAAGCUACAAUGUACCUAAAAUGCAAGGGAUUAAUCUUUUGGGACAAAUUGGAUAUAGCUACGAGGAAUUCUUCUCCGAGUCAGGGAAGCCUGAUACUAGUCAACCUUUGCUUUGGUUCCAGAUAACCCGGAAAUGGCUUCAGUUUGCUGCUAGUUUGGAGGGGAUGGAACUAGAACAAUGUGUGAACUCAAGUGUGUGCCUUCCUCAAAAGCCCAAACUAGUAGUUGGACUCCGGGGCUCAACCGCCAACAUUUUUGUGGACAAUGCAGCAUACAGGGACUUCCUCUUCAAUACUUUUCAAGUUUCAUCGGUUGACAUGGAGAGUGCAGCUGUAGUGAUGACAAGCAAGUCAAAUGGGUAUCCAGUGAUUGUCAUCAGAGGACUAUCUGACUUAGCAGGAGGACAACAAAGGCAGAACUCAAUUGAUAUAUUUGGGCCUCUUGCUGCUCUCAAUGCUGCCAAAGCUGUCAUUCAAUUUGUCAAAAAUUACCAUAAAAUGCCUUCCCAAUUCUAAGAAAAACAUAUAUGGAUUUUCUAUAUAUUGGAAUUGUUGUGUUGCAAAUUUAUUUAUAAGAAUAACAAAGUCAAAAGCAGGUGAAUGGAGAAAUAUCUAUGGAGUGCACCUAGAAGAAAGGCACAUUCUUAGAAAUGCCAUGCCACUUUGUGGCGUUAGUUAUAAGAUUUUAUAGUAAAAGUUAUGAAUGAGCAAAUAUAUGGUGUA